AUCCUCCUCCAGCUUUCGAUUUUCCAGUGGGCUAAAACGCCGCGUUGCAUUAAGUUUCUUUUCUUCUUCUUUGGACGACCAAAUCUAAAAAAAAAAAAGAGAAUCUUUCUUUCAUCAUGUAAAACAGAUCUGUUGACGAGAGAUUACAACACCGAUCACAAGUUCAGUAUCUCCACUAACACUCUCUCCGGCGUCGCUCUUACUUCCACUGUCCUUAGGAAAGGAGUAGUCCACGCUGCUGAUGUUUCCACUCAAUACAAGUACCGAAACGCUCUCUUCGACGUCAAGAUCGACACUGAUUCAAACGUCAUGACAACCAUCACAAUCACUGAGAUCCUCCCCUCUACAAAAGCCAUCGCUUCCUUCAAAGUCCCUGAUUACAACUCCAGCAAGCUUGAGGUUCAAUACUUCCAUGAUCACGCGACGGUUACAGCCACCGCAGCUUUGAAACAAAACCCUCUGGUCGAUCUAACAGCUACUCUUGGCUCCCCAACUAUCUCAUUCGGUGCCGAAGCUGGUUACGACACCACCUCUCGGUUAUUACUGUUGGUGGAUUGUAUGCGGUUGAUCAUGACGAGUGUGAAAUCGAUUGUGACGAUCUCUGGGGAGAUUGAUACCAAGACGUUGGAGAAGUACCCGAGGUUUGGUCUCUCGCUUGCUCUUAAACCUUGAUGAGAGCUACAAGUUACCAAGGACUUGAGUUUCGGUUUUGCGUUUUGUUUUCGGUUAAAACUUGUUUUGGAAGAAUUAUUUUUCGGAUUUGUUGUUUUAGGCUAUUCUUGAACCACGCUCAGUGAAACAAUUAUAUAUCAGUUUUCUUUCCAAGUUGAAUUCUCCUA